AAUGCCUGAUAAAUUUAAACGGUGGGGCCCUGUAAUUCGCAUUGUAUGACGGUAGUUGUAGUUUAAAGUCUUUUUCUAACCUGUCGGUAUUUAAACUAAGAACUACAAAUCCCAUUAGUCAAAGCGGGGGAGGGUACAUUCCAGCAGGAAGGCUAAAGUCUCAUAACAAGGAGGGAGAGAGCCAGGUCCAUCAGAGAUGGAGAGUGAUGAAGCUAGUGAAACAGAGAUGCUUAGCCGUAGUCUGUCCAUGUGGUAUGGAGAGCCGCUGGAUGGUCAGGAGCUACCACUGGAUCUUCACACAGCAGCCUCCAUCGGACAGUAUGAGGUUGUACAGGAGUGUGUGCACAGGAAAGACAUAGACCUAAACCAAGAAAAUCUGGGUGGAUGGACAGCUCUCAUGUACGCCUCCUACAUUGGGCACGAUGCUGUAGUAAAUCUGCUACUGGAGGCUGGUGUGGACGUCAAUAAAUGCACUCCUAGCGGGCAAACCCCACUAAUGCUGGCGUCCAGUUGUGGUAAUGAAAGUGUUGCUUACUUCUUGCUGCAGCGAGGAGCAGAACUGGAGGCAAGAGAUAUCCGCGGCUGGACUGCUCUGUUCCACUGUACGAGCGCCGGACACCAGAGGAUGCUACGAUUCCUUUUAGAGAAUGGAGCCAAUGGGGAUAUGAAGGAGCCUGUCUACGGCUUCACACCUCUCAUAGAAGCCGCUGUGGCCGGACAUGAAAUUAUAGUGCAGCACCUACUGAGCCACGGGGUAAAGGUGAACGAGACUGACCACAAUGGGGAUACUGCCCGCGUACUAGCUGCAAGGUUCGGCCACACAAGAAUAGUAUCUCUGCUGGAUUCCCACCGAGUAAAAGCGACACGGACACAUAGCAGGGGAGCAGCUCGUCAUGAAGAUCUGAGUUCUUCAGAUGAGUCCUCUUCUACCCCACAACGUCACAGGCCACAGCGCAAGGCCAGAGGGCCCAGCAUUCAUGAUGGUCCACAAGCUUUAGCCAAGAUAACAGCGGGUGGAAAUCAGCCUGGGUAUGCAACUACAGGCCAAGUUCCAUCUCAGGGAUAUGUUACGUUCAGUGACGUGGAAUAUGACACAGGAGGAGAUGAGGACUUGCGUUAUCGUGAUGUCACCUCACCCAUCAAUGAGCGGGACGUGGAGAGCAAUGGAAGCAGUCGAGAGGAUGGGGGCACAGGGAGGCUGCAAAGUGGCAGUAGCGUGAGCAGCGAUCCGGUAGCGGGUGUGAGCAGUGAAGCGUCUCUGGAGAGUAACGAGGACUCGGAUCCAGUUGCAGAACCUUACAGCCGGAAAACCACCAAAUCUUUUAUAAAGGGAAAGCAGCUUAAUGGUGAAACCAAUGCUUCUCCAGGGGCCCAGAAUUGCAGGGCACCCAGCUCACUGCCAGAUACUCCGGCUUAUUCAGGUCCCAAGGACCUUGCUGAGAUGCUGGAUCAGAUUGGCUGCUCCAAGUACUUGCCCGUGUUCCAAGAGCAAGAUGUGAAUUUGCGGAUAUUUCUCACACUGACAGAGAGUGACUUAAAAGAAGUUGGAAUAACCCUGUUCGGUCCUAAGCGGAAAAUGACAUCCGCCAUUGCUCGAUGGCACAGCUCUGCGCGACCUUCCAGUAGCUCUUUAGAACAGGCCUAUGCGGACCGCCUGGAAGCUGAAAUGCAGGAACUAGCCAUCCAGCUGCACAAGAGGUGUGAAGAGGCGGAGCUUCUGAAGGCUCAGGUAGCUCAAGAGCGGGAGUUGAGAGCCGUGGCUGAGAGCUGCCUUAUGGAGCAGGACACGACGUGGCGGGCCUUCCGCAGACAGCUGGACGCCACGUGUAACAUCGCCAGUGAUGCACAACGUGCUGUCGCACAGCUAAGGAGCAGCCAGGAAAAGCUUUUACAUCGGCUAAGGACGCCUCCCUAUAAGGCUACAGGACUGGAUGGUAAAAACACCGCUUCUUCCCCAAACUCCCAGAGCAUGUUGGAUCUCUCCUCGUCGAUGGAGGAAAACACAUCAAUAAUAGGGAAAGCGCUGAGAGCUGUGCAGGAGAACCUGGAGAAACUGUCUGUUGCAGAUAAGGGCAGACACAAGUGGCCGGACCCCUGAGCAGUGAGGAUUCAUUUACUUUUACCUCCGACGAUGGGUGAAAUUUUCCACCCCAAUAAAGUUGAAUGUGGCGCUUGGCGAUUCCAGUGGUAAGGGUGCUGCCCAUCGGACUAAAGUCGCACACUGAAGAGACCCUGUCGGAAACAGAGCAGGGCUGGGAGGUUGAAACAGGUCUGCAAUUUUAAUAGCGCUCUUCAGAAAUCUCUACCAGGAGUGUGGAGCGUAAGGCUGCGUGGGCCUUUUUUUAACGGGAGUAACGAACUGUGCAUGAUGUUGCAGGCAAUGGGUUAACCAGUUUGCUGCAGGCCUGUGUUUUACAGAGGUUUUUUUUUUUGUUUUUAACCCUAAGCAGGAGAGGGGUUAAUAAAGUAAUAUUCUGCAGGUAACAGAUGAUUUUAAAGGUGCAGUGUAGCUGUAUUUUAUAUCCUCACAAUAAAUGGUGUAAAUCUUC